AUGGUCGCGCAAUCCGGUAUCUCCAUAGCCAACACCCCUCCCAUCGCUUCCAUCAGUGAGAGUCUCAGUCUCAGUAUUGGUGGGUUCUCAAGCUACAUGAGCGGUACUGGAUCCAUGGCGUCCAUGUCAACCAUGUCGGCAAGUGCGACGGAGACCAGUGCCGUUUCCUCCAAUAUGGGCAGCAGCAUGUCAGCCUCCUCUACGACUGGUCAAUCUGGUUCUAUGUCUGGAUCUUCUACCUCCAUGUCCAUGUCAACGUCUAUGACUCCCACUUCAUCCAUGAGCGGCACCUCGUCGAGCUCGGCAGCGGCUACCACGAGUGGAGCGGCGUUCAGAGGAGUUGAGCCAACUCGAUUUGGGACGCCUGCUGUGCUGGUCCUAACUAUUCUUGCUGGAAGUUUGCUGGCUGGCAUCUCGAUGUAA